CAGGAUACUCACAAACGUUCUGGCCUUGUUCACAGUGUCCCAAGCUCUGCCUUGGAAAGCGAACACUUUGUUAAGCGCAAACUACAAAGGACUGUUCACGAAUGACUGGGCCUAUUUAUCUUUUGCUAGCAGGAGGCGAUUUGCUUGUUGAUGAAGUAGUUUGGAAACCUGUUAGCAUGGUUGUGUAGGCAAAUAGGGUCGGUCAUCCGUGAACAGAUGUUUGUCAAAACAGCUCGACGAUCUUUCAUUAUCUCCUCUGUUAAGGCAUAUGUUGGCGCAUACGUUGGUGCCGUGGAUGUGCGUGGGCCGGACAAGGUGGGCACUAGUGAUGAGCUUCAAUGGGGAGCCAGUGUGCAGAAUCCACACGGCAGUGUCAUUGCCUAUAUGGGCCCUGCCGUUGAAAGGGUAGGGGUUCAGUCGUUGGCCCCUGGGCAGGACCAUUCUGCGCGCCUUGUUCAGAUUGCGCAGGUCGUUAUGUCGCGCGUUGGCGCCAAGAUGUGGCGUUCUUAUGAGUCCCUCUUCGCGUCCUUUGUGCGUUUUUGUGUGGUUGAGGGCUUGGAGUUCCUGCCGGCCUCUCACUAUGCGGGUCUCCUGUGGGUUCAGUUUCUAGCGGCUAAAGGUACCGUUCAGGCCCGCACUGCACAGCCACAUUUCAGCGCCGUUAACACCGUUCAUGACUUGUUGGGCUUUCCCAGCCGCAGGAGGCAAUGUCUUGUUGGCUGCAUCCCGCAGAGGUCGGGAGCGUUUGCAGGUUUCUGUCGCCCCGUCUUCUUCUUUGUUUUUGGCUUUUAG